CCUCCAAACAUACCACUUUCCCAACAUAAAAUAAGCAAUUCAAGCAAUGUAUAUAUUGUUUGAUAUGGGACUGAGUCCUAGCAGCAUUGCCAGCUAGAAAAAGAAAGAAAAACAUUAGUUCUGAGAACUUAAAUCUCCCACUUCUUGUCAUCAAACUUCUCUCUGCAGCUUAUCUCUAUCAUCAUUCAGGCCGUCUGAAUUCAUCUACAACCAAACAAUUCUCAGUACUACCAUUUUUUUCUUAUAAACCAUGGCUAAUGAAAAAGAAUCCUCACGUGGAUUACAGGGUCUAAUUGCAAGAUUUCUAUCAAAAAUUUGGAGGUUUUUAGAGAGAGCUUGGAAUUUAGGAGUCUCUGAGCCUAAGAAGUUUAUCCAUUGUCUCAAAGUAGGACUGGCUCUUUCAUUUGUGUCACUUUUCUAUUACAUGAGGCCUUUGUAUGAUGGUGUGGGAAGGAAUGCUAUGUGUGCAAUUAUGACCGUGGUAGUAGUUUUCGAAUACACAGUCGGUGCAACGCUAUACAAAUGCAUUAAUAGAGCAACUGCAACUUUUCUUGCUGGAUCUCUGGGCGUUGGUGUUCAUUGGGUGGCCGCUCAAUCUGGAGAAAAAUUUGAGCCCAUAAUUCUUGGAUCUUUCGUUUUUCUUCUUGCUUCAGCGGCUACCUUCUCACGAUUCAUUCCAACAAUAAAAGCGAGAUUUGAUUAUGGUGCCAUGAUAUUCAUCCUCACCUUCAGCUUGGUGUCACUUUCGGGAUAUCGUGUUGAUGAACUGUUAACGAUGGCACAGAACCGAGUAUCAACAAUAUUGUUAGGAACCUCCAUAUGCAUUCUGAUAAGCGUGUUGCUCUGUCCAGUCUGGGCUGGCAAUGAGCUUCGCCUUCUUGUCAAUAGUAACUCAGAAAAACUUGCAGAUUCCUUGGAAGGAUGUGUAGCUGAAUUCUUCAGCAAUGGCAUUGGGAACACUAGCAAUGAAGACUCUAGUAAAAAGCUGCAAGCAUACAAAUGUGUACUAAAUUCAAAGGGAACAGCGGAAUCCCUGGCUAAUUUUGCUAGAUGGGAGCCUGCGCACGGGAGCUUCAACUUCCGACAUCCAUGGAAACAGUACCUCAAGAUUGGGGCUGCAAUGCGCAACUGUGGUUUCUGCAUUGAAUCUCUCAGUAGCUCCAUCAACUCAGAAGUUCAGGUACCCAAGUCUCUAAAUAAGAACUUAGGCGAUAUUUGCAUGAGAUUGAGCUCUCAUUGUUCCCAAGUCUUGAAAGAAUUGGCAGCAACAAUGAAAACCAUGAGAAAAUAUUCUACAACAGAUGUAUUGGUGGGAGAAAUGAACUUCGCAGUUCAAGAGCUUCAAAAUGCCUUGAAAUCUCUUCCCAACCAGCAGUUACAAAUUGGUGCAACAGGAGAGCAAACCACAACAGAAUUCAUAGUACCUCUCAUAGAUAUUCUUCCAUUGGCCACAGCAAUAUUUUUACUGAUUGAAAUUGCAGCACGGAUCAAAGGAAUUGUUGAUGCAGUUGAUGAGCUAGCAGAUUUAGCUGAAUUUAAGCCUGAAAUUGAUGAGCAAUCAAAACAGAGCCAGUCCACUUCAGAUAAAACAGAUGAUGUUACCAUGAAGGCCCUUCAAAAGGUCUAAGUUCAUCAUGAUUUGUUGAUGCUGUGGUCCUUGUCCAUGAAUAACAGAAAACUUCUCUGUUUGUUUCU